AUGCGGACAGUUUUGCGAUUUUUUGUUGCAAUAGUUCUGGUUCAUUGCACAGAAGAAAUUGAGGAAAAUUGUACUGAUUUUCAAGGAAAAAUAAUAGAGCACGGAAACUUAUAUGUGCCAGGACCUUCAGUCUGUUCAAUGUGUGUAUGCUAUCAUAGCGAACCUAAAUGGUGCAGUGAUAUUUAUUGCGAUCCGCCCUACUUUUGUAGAAAGUUCCGUGUGAAAGAACGCUGCUGCGAGUUCGAAUGCCUAGACCCUCCUGGUGAUAUUGCCGCCAAAAUGUUGCAAGAACAUCGUAGCAAAUAUAGAAAUUCUGCCGAUUUGGAACAUUGCAAAAACCAUCUUUUGAAAAUCGGCAUAAUUUUAUUUAGUCUUAUUUAUUUUCAUAUAUUGUAA